AAGUAAGUACGUUUUUUUGUUAACUAGGAGAGUGAAGAUCUUUAGCCUUUAGCAAAAGCAUGGUUCAGGAAUAUAUCUUGUGUGAUUGUUCACGCUCAUAAAUUAAUGAUGGAUGGUGUUCAUAAUCUAUUCAAUUGGCUUACUAUAUUAUAAUUCUAUUAGCACUGGCGUUCAGUAAUGUAAGUAGGUAAGUAAAGUAAAGUAAAAUAAAGUAAAAGAAUGUAAAACACACUUGAAUGCCAACGCCUCACUUAAGAUUUAUAUAUAUUUUUCUUCAACAUUUUGGAACGCUGACAAUAGAAGCAAAACCAGUAUGAUAAUAAUAAUAUAGUUAGCAAUAUAUGAAUUCAUCUAUGUUCUUCAGUUCUUCACUUGCUUCCUUAUUCAUAUUUUUUCACUCCCUCUGUCACGAGACUAUUCACAAAUCCAGUAAAAAACAUACUCUUGAACCAAUGGCGUACAAUACGAUCCAGUUCCUCAAAAACAGUGUUCUUUGCGGUAAGUAAAAAACGAGAGAAAAAAGCACACACACACAUGUAUAUAUGUGUGUGUGUUUCUCAUGUCCUUUUGAUCUAUUACGUUGCUCUUUCUCUCGUCCCACACCUGUGCUUCUCAAGCAUUCCUCAAUCACAACCGGGUGACCUCCAUUACGGAUGAAAGAGAGAUGCCCGCGAAAUGCAAAGUGUGUCGGUCCCUCUAUACCCCGGGGGCGAACGCACCAGUCGCCCUCUCCUGCGGUCACAGCACCUGCAGGGAAUGCCUCGAGUUUUCCCUUAGGCAUGACGAGCAGCUCAAGUGCCCCAGAUGCCGAGAGGUACACACGGGACCUGCUUUGGAGGAUCUCAAGGAUAACUACGAUCUUAUAAAUGACGUCGCUCUGGAGGAACAGGCGAAUGUAGGAACAACAGCUCCAUCGGAGUUCUUCAGCAUAACAGUCAAAAACAUGGAAGACAAGGAAUUUCCCGUCAACGUCACCCGUCGGGACACAUUCAGGAAAGUCAAGCAGAUCUUAAUCACGGAGUACGGCCUCAAUGUGGGUGAAAUAAAGCUCUUGUUCAGGGGCCAAAGGCUGCAGGACGACAAAACAGUCGGUGAGCUAAACAUCACAGCCGGCAAUGUCGUGCAAAUGGCAACGACGCCACAAACAGAUCAAGAGAACUUAAUUAUGGUCGCUCUCAACACUCCGAUGGGGAAGACCGUCUCCGGUACCAUCAAUGCAGACGACACGUUCUCUCGAUUCAAGGUCAAUGUGUGCACGCGAUACGGCCUCGAUCCGGCAUUGUUUCGGCUGCUAUACGAAGGAAACAAGGUGUUAGAGAACAAGACACCUGCCUACUACGGGAUAACGGAAGGCAGUCAAUUGUAUUUAGUAACCAACUAUCAGGGAGGGGAGAGAAAUGUCUGCCUCUGCUCAUGGAACUACGAGCGUUUAUAUUCAGUCUCCCUGUCUUCUGGUUUGUCAUUGUAUGUCUCCGUCUGUCUGUAGUUCUGUUUGUCUGUCUCUCUUAUUCACUCUCUCUCGCUUUCUUUUAGUCUCUGUCUCUGCCUGUCCUAUAUUUAUCAGUGUUUAAGUCUACUUCCAAUAUUAUUUUCUUUCAAUUCCUUUGUGCCAUCUUCUUCUCUUAUUUACACGUAGUUUCUGUCACUAACGCAAAAUGUUGUGAUAUAAUUGCAU